UAAAAAAUGAUAGCAGUCAGUCUUUUUGGAUUAGAAAACAGGGCUGUGUAAUUUACUGCACAUAAAUACUGCACAAUAAAACAAAAACUAAAAAAUCACUAACUUGAUAUACUGUACAUUGAGGUGGCCUGUGAUACAAACGUGCUCAUGUUCACUCCCGCAGUGUAAAUGUGACAGUAUUUUCUUCAGAGUAUUUACUUCAGUCAUUAGACGUAUAUAGCAGGACAUUAAGUGUGAUAAUCACUGACCUUUAGCAUAGGUGUUUCCAGUAUAUAUCAGGACAGGAGAACUGACCUUGCAGUGUCUGUAUUUGUAGCAGGAUGAAAGCCUAGUAUAUUUUUGGAUUAAUAAUAACCUAAAUAGUACGACGAUAAUAAAAAUUAGAACAUGAUACUACUCACUACUACUGUAAAUUUAAAUACUGGGAACCACUUAAAUGUGGAAGUAUACUGUUGUUAUUGUAUUGCACUAUAAGAUUUUACUGAUAGUGUCAUGAUCUUCUCAGGAUAUUCUUUUAGGCCAGAGUAACAACUAGGUUUCAGCUCCUCCCUACUACACAUCAUUUCCAGGAAUAAACCACACUUACAAUGUAUAACGCCAUCUGUAGCAAGUGCACGUAUUUUUAGGCAUUCCAUCACCAGAGGUUCAGAGAUAAUUUAUAUAACCAGCAAACAGCAGGCCCUUAUUGAACACAAACAACUAAGACAAAAAUGCUACGGUUCAGAAAUUGCUCGUCAGAUUGCUCCUCUUCUGUUACAGUUUCACCAAUGUCAAGUAGACAAUGACCCUUGGAACAAUUAGCACAAACACCAGUGCUUUAGGUCAGAUACAUUUCUUCAAGCUGACAUUGCAUUUAUCUGCAGGCAGCUGUUGUUUGUUAAGCGAGGCGAGGCAAGGCGAGGUCGGCCUCUAAGCGGCACUGAGCCUGGGUCACUGUGUCCGAGUGUUGAGGAGUGCCAGUUCUGGUAUUUUAGGCAGUCAGACAGUGUCACCUGUCAGCAGGCUAGUCUGGACAGACUCUCCACAUGGUGCAAGACUAAGCAACAAAACAGUAUCUCCCUUUCAGGGCCUUGUCAUUGGCCCAGCAGUGUGAGCUUAACAGCCACAAAGUGCAGAUAACCACAGAGCGACUGGCCUGAACUGACACCAGGGGUAAAACUGGGUCGUUGUACAGUCAAUGUUUCAGAGCUUCUGGAGAAGAAGAAGGUGGAACCAACUGCCUGCAAGGCUCAGUCUCACACUCAGACAGUGUUUCUUCUGGAUCAUUUUCUGUCUGUUGAUCAUGAUGAUGCUUAUUCUGCCCUGAGAGACAACAGAGCCAAGAAAGGAGAGAAAAAACCCAAGCACCUGCUAUAACAAUGGCAUCGCGUGAUUCCAAUGACAAUGACAUUCAACUACUGGAUGCAGAGUGGUACUGGGGCAGCAUCUCAAGAGAGGAAGUAAGUGAGGUGCUAAGAAACACUCCUGAAGGUACAUUCCUGGUCCGAGAUUCUACCAGUCGGGUUAAGGGUGAAUAUACUCUCACAUUAAGGAAAGAUGGUUCCAACAAAUUAAUAAAGAUUUUUCAUCACGGGGGCAAAUACGGCUUCUCUGAGCCACUCGUUUUCCCUUCUGUGAUGAACUUAAUCCAGUAUUACCAGAGCCAAUCACUUGCCCUGUACAACUCUAAACUGGACACACGACUGCUCUACCCUCUGUCCAGGUACCAGCAGCAGGCUGUGUUUGAAGUUGGCAGUGAUGCAAUUGAAGAACAGCUGAGACAAUUUCAGGAUCAAUAUAAAGAGAAAAGCAAAGAGUAUGACCAUCUGUUUGAGGAGUUAAAUCAAACAUCCCAGGACCUGCAAAGCAAGUGCACAGCCAUAGAGGCUUUUGGUGAAAUUAUUCGGCUCUUUGAAGAGGAGUGUGAAACUCAAGAACGAUACAGCAAAGAAUAUAUUAAUAUGUUCUUAUCGCUACAAAACAAAACAGAAACCUACAAGAUAGAAAGAAACACUGACAAGCUGCAGUCAAGGGUCGAGGAGGUCCACAACAGUAAAAGUAAAUUGGAGGACGAGCUAAAAAAAGAGGUGCUGGAUCACAUGGAUGUUGACAGGAAAACUGAUGGUCUAAAGAAGGAGCCUGCAGAGCUCAGAACUUUGAGAGAUCAAUACCUGCUCUGGCUCACACAGCAUGGUUCUAAGCCAGGUCAAAUGACCGACUGGUCAGGAGUCAAGAAUGAAGACGAGGAAGACGACCUGUAUACCCUCGUGGAUGAUGCAAAGCAGGAGGCAUGUACCUGGUAUGUAGGUGAUAUGGGACGGAAGGAGGCAGAGGAGCUGCUAAGAGGGAAAAGGGAUGGAACCUUCUUAAUCAGAGACAGUCAGUCUCAGAAAGGAUGUUUUGCCUGCUCUGUUGUAUUGAAUGGAGAUGUAAAGCACUGUGUGAUCUACAGAACUUCAAAUGGAUUUGGUUUUGCAGAGCCUUAUAACUUGUACCCAACACUGAAAGACCUGGUUCUCCACUACAGAGACACCUCUCUUGUGCAACACAAUCAGCAGCUCAAUGUAACCCUGGCAUGGCCUGUUCUUAGUGAGCAACCCAACUGAGACACACCAGAACGCCACGCUGAUGCACUUUUCCAAGCUUCACGUUUACAGAUGUUGCACCUUUAUGGGUUGUUAAAUUGCCCUAAAACUGCAGGACUAGCUGGUGAAACAGUUUAACAGAUUCAGAGCCAAGAUGUAGAUAUUGUUAUACGUCUUCCGCAGUCAUCCGUUCUCAUUGAUAUUGUGACGUGUGCACACUCCAAUCUUUCUGACAAAAAAAGAACAGCCUGUUUACAAUUUAUCUCCUUAUGCUUAUAAUGUCAUGAAAAAGUAGAGUAUGUAAACCAUUAUAAUUACUGCCCAUUAAAGACAAAAAUGUGAUUUUGAUCAGUGUGUAUAGGUGCAACAUAUUGAGGUUUAGUAAUUCAAUUCAAUUACGUGCUUUUUUUGAAAACACAUCAAAAACUACAAAUCCUUGUAAAGGACUCCUUUUUCAGCAAAAUGUGAUUUAAUUUGCAAAAUUGCAAUCUCUAAACUAAACCUAAAAUAUAAUAUAUUUAAAAGAGACCUGUAAUUUAUUAGCAUAUCACAAAAAACUAGCACCUCUACUAACUUUAUCCAUGAAAAUACAAACACAAAAUGAUUAGCCUUUUUUCAUAGUCUAAAAAAUGCAUGAUAUCCUUUAAUAAAAUAAAACCUAAAACAUAUCCUUGCAAUUUAAAGAAAAGCACAAAUGUUUACUUAGCUAAUGGUAAGGUUCAAUAAUAUGAUCAGUUCUUGUUUUAUCCGCAUUUGCCUUAUGAAGCCCCUGUACUGAAUACCUAUUAGCAUAUCUUUGUGACAACCCUGCAGUUGACAAACAGCAGUUAGUGAAAACUUGACAAUCAACUAGUAAUGACUAAAUAUAUAGAAAGGUGAAUGAAAUGCUUCCAUUUUGACUAUCACAUCAUUUCUGCAUUCCUUUAGAAUAUAUUGUAUUAAAUCUAUCAUAACUUGUUUUUGCUUGGUAUUAAAUUUAAAGUAUAUUUACAAUCUUUCAAUUGGCCUAUUUUGGAUAAUAAUAAUAAAACAAUCAAUCAAUGUUGUUACCUAUUAUAAAAGUAUGCAUCUACCUAGAGAUGACAAACAUCUGUUUGAAAUUCGGUGUUCUAUCAAAUCUUGUGAAGGAGACAUUUAAUGAAAAUCUUUUUUAAAAGAAGAUUAAUUUUGGUGGCUAUUAAGGCAGGGUGCCCAGUUCUUGUAAGACUGUCAUUAAUUAUUUUGCAUUUGUCAACUAAUAUAGCAUUGUCACUUUAGAGUUAUUGUGAAAUGUUUCUGUUGAAGUAGUUAGCUUCGCCAUUGGUUACUUUAAUGCACUUUGUUUGUAUUUUGAAUGCUUCAUUCUUACUGCAUAUGUAUACUUGAAACCAUUAGUUCUCUGUGACUGAUUCCAUGAGGGAUUUGAUAAAAAUAUGUCAUUUAAUAUGUUAUGAGAGUAGAAAAGUUUAUUCCUGUGUGCAGUGAUUAAACCAAUAGGUAUAAUUAGUACUAAAUGUGUGCACUUUACAGUAGUACAUCGCAUACUUCUUCUGCCACCAAUUUUCUUUUUUCUGUUGUGUUGGUGCUAACGCUUUUAAUAGUCCCAAAUUCUACACAAUAGGCUGUAGUGAUAGCUCUAAGGCAAUGGAAAACCAGGGGCUAAACUAACUAGCAAAUAACUCAGGCAAAACUGCAAAAUUGAACUAUUGGUUGAGCUGAAGUUGAAAAGAUUUGACUUGAUUUGCCUUUUCAAUGUGGCAAGUCUUUUUAUAGUCUGUUGACGGAACAAACCAGAAGUGUUAUUACAGAGUUGCCAUUUGCUCUUGUCACUUUUUCCUUUUGGAGCCACAUGUUUAUUCAGUAUAAUACAUUUAAAAAAUGACUGAAAUAUAGUUCCUUUUGUGGCAUGAAUGCUCUGAGAAUACAAUUUGCACAUAAAUGUUUCUCAUGUGGAGAUACUGUGACUGUCUGCAUGUCCAUCCACCCUUGGACUGAAACAGGUGGACAUGCGCUGGUACUUUUAUAGUUUUAUAGUAUAUCUGAUAAAAUGAUGUUUUUUAAUAUACGAGUGAAACAUUUUUUGUGCACAGUCAACAAUUAGCUGAAUAUCUGCUUGUGUCAUUUUAGCUUGCAAAUUUAUUUAAGUUUAAAAACUUGACAAAAAACUGAAGGAAAGGACUACUUACAGUCAAUGCUUUGUAUGACUUUUAGACAGUAUUUGGAAUCACACGUCAUAGGACCUUAUUGUGACUUAGUUGUUGUCAAAUGUCAGCUAACAUAAGGGUUUGUUGAUUUUAAAUAUUUAGUGUUUGUUUUGCUGUAGGAUAUACAAUGAAUUUAAUACAUUUACUUGCCACAGCACUGUACAAAUAUAAACAUGUUACUUUACUAUAUUCUUUCUUCUAAUCUUAAAUUUAAAUCUUAAUAAUGAAUUGGGGGCAAAGGGGAGUAUGCUGUAUUUUGCCUGGUACUAAAAAGAUGAUGUUUUCAUUCUAGGCCAACAAAAUGCCAACAAUUGUCAACUAAUAUUGUAUCUUAAACCACUGCACUUUGCCAUACAAUAAAUGAAAAAAUAUAACAU